AUGAAGCACGCAGUGGAAUGGACACAAAGACAAUCCACCAAGAAGCCCGCCGUGGCAGCAUUCUUUAUCUACGGCCUUGGCAUGGACUUGCAAAAGACGCUCCUCGGUCUGUAUUGCAGCCUGAUUCGCCAGCUCAUCCCACAAAUACCGUUCGCAUUUCUUCCCAUGCUGUCGCACAUGCCAGAGGAGCCCGGACCAAGAGCAUGGGGCCUGUUAGACCUUCAGGCGCAUCUGAAGCAAGCCUUGAGAGAAGCAUCGAAGACGCGUCAGACGGUCCUGUUCAUUGACGCCCUGGAUGAAUUUUCGAAAGCGGAAAUAGAUACCCUACUGGCGCUGCUCGGAGACCUCUGCUACGAUGAGGAAAGCGCUGGUUUGAAAGUCAAUAUCUGCGUUUCCUGUCGAUAUCAUCCAAAUCUCUUCACGCAAGGCGUUAUCAUUCGAGCAGAGGAAAACAAUGGGCAGGAUAUUGCUACAUUUGUACGCCAGGAGCUGAGAGAUCUCCCGUUUAAAAAGAAGGUUCCUUUGGGAGAAUUCAUCAUCCCCAGAUCAAAUGGUCUGUUCCAGUGGGCAGGUGUUGUGUGCCAGAAUGUGCGGGACCACCACAGAUCAGGCAAGCCACUCGAGAAGAUACUGCGGUUGAUCGAAGACAUACCUCAAGACCUACACGCCCUUUACGAGCGCCUAUUCAAAGAGAUGAGCGGAAGGGAGAUGGAACAGUCUCUGAAGCUGUUCCGUUGGGUAGGCUUCAGUGAGCGGAUGAUCAGCCUUCGCGAGUUGCAGCAUGCUUGGGUUCUCGCUCCAGAUAUGAAAGGACGGUCAAUCGAGGAAUACUCCACCGGCGAGGACUUUCUGCACGACCUCGACGAUCUCAUCAACUCUGUCAAAUACUACUCGAAAGGCCUCAUUGGAUUUGAGGCAGCUCACAAACUAGACGGGGACCAGGCGUGGGGAGAACGGGUCCGGCUCAUCCACGCAUCAGUCAUGGACUACCUUUGUGAACGAGGCUUGGAGUUCUUAGAGGGGGAGAUCGGCAUCUCCAGCACCGGUCAUCCGGAAGGAACCGCUCAUUAUUACAUCUCUCGAUGUUGUCUCAGGUACAUGUUCAUGAGGGGAACACGCGAAGAUUUCGACACAAGGCAGGAAUCUUCCAGUCGUUUCCCCUUGGAUCACUACGUCCAAUCCGCGAUCCUGUACCAUUUCAACAAAGCAGAAGAAUAUGGUGUGGAGCAGUUCGAGCUUCUCGAAAUCUUCGGAUGGCCCAACGAAACAGCUGCAAUGGCCUCCUUCCGAGCCUUCGUUCCACGGGUGAAUCAGGCGUCUCUCAUCCACGUAUUGGCUGCAUGUGGUGUCAUGAGCGCGAUCCGUCCCUUGAUACAAUACUCAGGCGAGAAAGAUGGAUCAAAGUACGAGUCAGAGAUAUACUCUCUCCUCUCCCACGGUGAAGUCAGAGAGGACGUCCUUCUUCCCUCAGGUCGGAUAAAUCUGGAUAUCAGGAACUCCAUUGCCAUGACGCCACUACAUUUCGCCCUCUUCUUUGAUCAGGUCGACGUAGCUCAUGAAUUGCUCAAUUCAAAUAGAGUCGAUGUUAAUGCGGUCAAGAGCCAAGGCGAGAGACCACUCCACAACGCUGCAAACAAGGGUCAUUCAUCUAUAGUGCGGGAGUUGCUCAGGAACACGACCGUGAAUCCCAACGCUCAGGAUGACAAAGGCCGCACCGCUCUCCACUCCGCAGUCAUGGGCUGCAAAGAAGAGGUUAUCGCCAUUUUGCUGGAAGACUGCAGAGUCAACGUCAACGCUCGGAACAAAGACGGCGAGACACCGCUACACACAGCAAUUGAUUCCGGAGAGUUGAGCCUUGUGGAACCUCUUCUAGCAUCCGCAAACAUUGAUGUCAACGUCAAAGAGAAAAAGGGACAGUCGCCGCUCAUUUUCUUCAUGGUUGCGUAUCCCGGGCUGGCAGACGAAUCAGAGCACGGAGAGCUAGCCAACGUACUGCUUGCCCUCUUGCGUCACCCCAAAAUCGAUACGCAUGCCAAAGACAAGAUGCAGCGUACUGCGCUUUUUCACGCGGCAGCUUCGGGCCUGGCAAUAUAUGUAAGAGUCUUAGUUGACCAUGGUGUUCGCGGCGCUGGGGAGAAAGACAAGCUAGGGCGCACACCUCUAUCACAGGCAGCCGUGAAAGGACAUCUGGAGAUCGUGAGAAGGCUCCUUGCGGUAGAGGAACUGGAGGAGAAUAUUCUGCAGUAUGCGUAUCAGGAAUCAAAGAAGAAAGGAAAGGUUGACAUCAUGCGAUGCUUGGUGGAAACAGGAAAGAUUACAGAAACUUGA